AUGUCGGGACGUGGCAGCCACCGUGGGGGCUUCAAUGCUCGCCACCAGGCACACAACGCUUUUGCUGGCAAUCACGGGUACAGUGACCCCUAUCAGUACUAUCACCCUCCCCCUCACUUCCCUCCGAACCCCUACAUCAACUCACCCAACAUGUCUCCCUACGACAUGGGCGGCUGGGGUGGCUCUCCCCAUCAUCAGUAUCCCCCUCAGUAUGCCCAGGGACCUCAGGGCAUGUAUCCGCCGCAAAACGGGCCCCAAGGACAAUAUCCACCCUCGAACCCAUAUUCCCCUCCCCCAUCUGCCCCAACAGGCCCGAUGCAGCAAUAUGGCAGAGGCAACAGCUUCCGCGGAGGCGGUUCAGGCUUCCGAGGCAAUCAAUUCAGUGGUGCUCGUGGAGGCUACCGCGGGAAUAAUUUCAAGAGCGCGCAAUGGAACGCUUCACAAACGACGAUUGGAGGUCGAGGUUCGUCUGUGCAAGGCGACGAUGCCAAGUCACAGAAGUCAUCCAAUUCCGCCGUCGCAAGCGUCAAGUCGGACAAGGACGAUUUCGAAGAGCAACCAAAUUCCUUCCGUCCGUCCAAAGACCUCCAGGUCGAAGACACGUCGCCCCCGGUGAUUUCAGAUGACAAGGAAAUGGCCCCUCCCACGCGGCCUCCUCCGUCUGGUCCAGCAGCACAAUCUCCGGCGUCAUCGGUGUCGUCAAAGUUCAGUUUUGCAUUUAAGGCAUCUGCAAAACCCACUCCGGCGGUACCGAAACCAGAGAUAUCUCAGAAAUUCAAUGCUUUGCCUCCAAAGAAAGAGCCGACUCAGCAAACGGACGAGAGAGAUCCUAAUGACCGCGAUCGGGAACGGGAACGGGAGCACAGAGCUCGAGAGGACCGGGAGCGAGACCGGGAGCGAGACCGAGAGCGUGACCGCGAUCGCGAACGUGAUCGCGAAAGAGACCGUCGUGAUCGCGAGUACCGGGAACGCGAUCGUCGCGAGAGGGACUACCGCGAACGAGACAAUCGUGAGCGAGACAUACCACGCGGCGCACCAACAGAGCCGGCAUCGGCUAGAGGAAGGCAAGACGCAAGGCAUCAUCAACAACCACCACCUCCGGGUCCGAAGGCGGCACCACCGCCUCCCGCCCCCAAAACUCGGAUUGUGAAGCAAAAGAUGAAGCGUCUCAAGCCGCGGCUGAGCUUACCACCAGAUCUCGUCAAGUCCGAAUCAGUCUACUUUCGAAAGCCUGGCAACGAGUCGGUUGUUGGUUCUGGUACCUAUGGCAAGGUGUUCAAAGGUCUACACUGCUACACCAAGGAUCUGGUUGCACUGAAGAAGAUUCGGAUGGAGGGCGAAAAGGACGGGUUCCCUGUGACGGCUGUCCGCGAGAUUAAACUUCUCCAGUCGCUUCGACACCCCAACGUUGUCGAGCUCAAGGAGGUCAUGGUGGAGAAGAAUGACUGUUUCAUGGUCUUCGAGUAUCUUUCUCACGACUUGACAGGCUUGCUCAAUCAUCCUUCCUUCAAGCUUGAUGCUGCACAGAAGAAGCACCUUGCUAGGCAGGUUUUCGAAGGCCUCGACUAUCUCCAUGUUCGCGGCGUUUUGCACAGAGAUCUCAAAGCUGCCAACAUUCUGGUCAGCAGCGACGGAAUCCUCAAGCUUGCCGACUUUGGUCUAGCACGCUUCUACGCCAAACGCCAUCAGCUCGACUACACAAACCGUGUCAUCACGAUAUGGUAUCGGUCUCCUGAGCUUCUCUUGGGAGAAACGCGAUACGGCCCAGCCUGCGACAUGUGGAGCACGGCUUGCAUCCUGAUGGAAAUCUUCACGCGCCACGCCACGUUUCCUGGCGACGGUGGCGAGAUCAGUCAACUCGACAAGAUUUACAAUGUCAUGGGAACCCCUAACAAGGCUGAAUGGCCCGGUCUUAUCGACAUGCCCUGGUUCGAACUCUUGCGGCCAGGUUAUCGGCGGGCCAGUUCUUUUGCCGCCAAGUACAGGGACAAGCUCACGCCCGCCGCCUACGACUUGAUCUGGUCCAUCUUCAAAUAUGACCCAGCCAAGCGCCCGAGCGCAGCCGAAGCUCUUCAGCAUGCAUACUUUACGACCGAGGAACCGCCUGCGCGUCAAGCCAUCGAGCUCGCAAACUUGGAUGGUGACUGGCACGAGCUUGAGUCGAAAGCACUCCGCAAGGAAAAUGAGCGGAAAGAGAGAGAGGCCCGGCACGCAGCACGCAGCAAAGACAGUCGAGACCACCGACAGAAGGAGAAAGAUUGCAAGCGUGAGAAUGAGACGCAUGACCAGCGCGGUGAUGCUAAACGACUGCAUGUGGAGGGUAAACCGCCGCAGCCUGUGGAUCACGCCUCUGCCGGUGCUGCGCACAAGGCCUAG